UCCAUUUCCCGAUCAGACACUUAACGCAUAUCCUUAAAUGAUAAAACACAUUUGACAUUUGACAACAAAUCAUCACCCAAGAUGGCGCUUGGUGGUUUUGGUGAAGGCUCGUUUAAGGGGUUUGAGGAAUCCAGAAACAAAGAGGCAAUUGUGGAAGGUCUGACGCCAGAGCAGGUGAUCAGCCGGAAGCUCCAGCAAGCGUCCAGAAAUGUAUUGCAGAUUAAAAAAUGCACAGACUUAAUUGGUACGUCGAUGGACACGCAAGAGAACAGAAAUAAGCUCAAACCAUGCGAAGAGGAAACCCAGCAACUUAUAAAGGACAUCAAUACUUCGCUCAAAAGAAUGUCGAACGCACUGGACAAAACUCCAGCAAUAAAGUUACAAGAGCGACGACUCAAGGAGGGCUUUCAUGAAGUAUUGAACGAUUUCAAUGACCUUAAAAAGGUCAUGAAAAUAAAGACAAGGGAUAUUAUAAGAAAUUCCCUUCAAAAGUCGGGAGUGUUUGAUAUAGACGUAGACGAGACCGGCAUGUUAAAGAAAGAUGGACAAGAAGUGCAAUUGCAAACGAUGCAAGCCAAAGUCGAUUUAGACCUUAUACGAGAUCGUGAAGCAGAACUAAAACAACUAGAGCAAGAUAUUCAAGACAUUGCCUGUAUUUUCCGAGAUCUGAACGAAAUGGUCGUGGAACAAGGGGAGGACAUAAGCAAAGCAGAGGAAAAUAUAGAUGCUGCCGUAGUCCACAUUGAAGAUGCAAAACAGGAACUAGUAGUUGCAGUACACUAUCAGAAAAAGAGCCGGAGGAAGAUGUUUAUCGUAGCGGCAGUUGUUGUGGUGCUGAUUAUUAUCGUGAUCGUGGUGGUUGUUAUUACGACGAUAAAAAAAUAACUUUCCGGUGUAUGUGAAACUACUUGAAGCAAUUGCUGGUUUUGUGGGCAUCUUUCAUGUAUUAAAUAAUUUAUUUAAAAUGUUAAGCAUGUGUGUUUUCGUAAUUCAUAAAGAAAAUGAUAUACGUA